AUGAGAUAUCUUGUUGAGGAGUUGCCUCGAGUUGAUUCUUUGAAUAUAUUAGUUGAUGGUAGAGUUCCAGUUCGAGUUGUAAGCCUUUCCGGGGUUAAAAUUGAGUUAGAAGUGGUUGAUGAGGUUGGGAAACUCGAGGUUGUUGAUAUUUUAUUCCCCAAUGAGAUAAAGUUGAGAGGUUCUGAGUUACGGUUUGUGCAGAAUGGUUUGUGUUAUUCUUCUCGUUUGAGAUAUUUUGGCGAUAGGGUCAAUGUUUUAUCUAUGGCUAUGGAUUUAGAAGAGAAAUGGUCGAAAAAAUGGUUAUUGAGCAUGGGCCAUAUUUCAUUUAGUUGUAUUGGAUGUAAGAAAGUAUUGUUACAGAAGGGGGACAAUGUUACUAAACUUAAUAGUUUGCCCUCGGAGUUUUGGAUGGAACUUAUGGAUUAUUGGCAUUGCCAUAAACCUCAUGUUGAAGGGCAGGCAGUCGUCGAUUAUUCUAAAAAGUACAAUUCGUUGCAACCUUCUCAAGGUGAGCUCCUUUUGGGACCUUCCGUUUUAUGUUGUUCGCAAUUGACAUUGGAUAGCAGUCGUAUUACUAUAGCAGAAGGAUCAGUUGUCUGUGUCUCUUGUGAUUCACUAUUAGGUGUUGUAGAAAACGAUGGUCUUUUAAAAUUAAAUAAAUGGUGUUUGCUUUUAAAUGAUAUUGAAAGGUUCCCCCCAGAACAACAUGUAAUAUCGUCAAUAUCCAGUCAUGUAAUUAAUAAUUCGGUAAGAUAUUUUAUACUAAGGAACGGCAAAGAUCAUCUAUUCAUUUGGGUUUUCGCAAUAGGGAUAAACGUGAGUUUUACUAAUGGUCAGAUAUACAAAAAUUCUAUAAAAUUACUAUACAAGGAAGAUAUUGACCAAGAAUUGUGUUCUAAAGUCAAUAUUGAGAACAUUUCUGUGAUGGAGUUACCGUAUAAUGACUUCAUUGAAAACAUCAAAAAUGUCAAUAAAAGUAUACCUGAAGAUGCAAGAUCGUUGAAUGGAUGGAACGUGUCUUAUGUUCCUCUGAUAACAUCUUCCCCUUCUUCUUUUACACCUGCUUAG